UGCUAAAAGUAAAUAGAAGCAGAAUGUUAAAUAUUAAAACUGGCAUUCUGGUGUUCUGCACUUUAGUUGCGACCGUUGUGGCCUACAAUUCGGGACGUAUUGUAGGUGGCUACGAUGCGUUGCCAGACCAAUUUCCUCAUCAAAUUUCAUUGCGCAUGAAUCACUAUCACAUCUGUGGUGGAUCCAUUAUAAGCAGUAAAUACAUAUUAACUGCAGCUCAUUGUGUUGUUGAAACUGGCACUCAACCUUACGAUGCAAAGAACUUUACUAUACGCGCCGGUACACAUAACCGUUUAGCCGGUGGUAUCAUCGUACAAGUUAAACGUGUUACUGUUAAUCAGAACUAUGCAAGUUUUAUCAAUGACUUAGCUUUGUUGGAACUUGAGGAAGAAUUGGAAUUUUCUGAUACUAUACAACCUAUUGAGUUGGCUGAAGAAGAAGUGCCGGCUGGUUCUGAAGUUAUCAUUUCUGGAUGGGGUCUUUUAGAAAAUAAUGCCGCAAAUAUACCUAUAAUGUUACAAUGGAAUACAGUCGAAGCUAUUAGUAAAACUAAAUGCGCUACAAUGAUUUUGGUCUCUUCAGAUGCUUUGAUCUGCUUGAACCAUCCUAAAGGUGCUGGUGCAUGUAACGGUGACUCUGGCGGUCCAGCGACUUAUGAAGGCAAAUUGGUUGGAGUUGCAGGUUUUGUUGUUAUAGGCUGUGGCACCUCACGUCCUGAUGGUUAUAAUAAAGUUUCUUAUAAUCUCGACUGGAUUCAUGAAAAUAUGAUUUAAAAUUUUCUGUAAACGCUGAAUGAAAUAUCUCUUUUGUUUAAUU